CCUUAUCAUAAUUCAACUGAUGCGUAUUUUCAAUGUUUUUUUUUGGUGGGAUCAAAUCAAAGAAGCAAUAUUAAAUUAUUAAUUAAUGUAUUUUUCUCCCUUAUUUUUUUCGUUGAUUCUUCCUUCCACCACAAAAUUCUCCACCACCACAAUCCAUGAUUUUUGUGGGUCUUAAUUCUCACUAUAAAUACAUGCUUCAAAAGCAUUUAAAUUCUGUCCAAGUUGUUUUCACAUCAUUCGAAUCUUAAAAAAAAAAAAAAAAAAAAAUCCCACCUUUUCCAUCUGGGUUUAACUUGUUUUCUUGUUUUGUGAUGGUCUGUUCUUUCUCCAUUUAAAGGGGUUUAUUUAUUUUUUGUGUUAUAAUAUUCAAGAAUCCUCUAAAAAAAGCUAUAUUUCUUCAAGAAUUUUAUAUAAAUCCCACUUUCUCCAUCCCGGUUUAAUUGGUUUUGUUGUUUUGUUUCAGUUUUCUUCAAUUUUGUGAUAGCUUGUUCUUGCUCCAUAAAGGGUUUUGUUUUUUGAAUUAUAAUAUUCAAGAAUUCUAUUAAAAAAAGCUAUAAUUUUUCAAAAAAAACUUUAAAAUUCCACCUUUUCCAUCUGGGUUUAUUUGGUAUUUGUUCUUCAAUUUUGUUAUUGGAUUGUAGUAUUCAAGAAUUCUUUUAAAAAAAGUUAUGAUUUUCAAGAAAUGUUGAACUCCAUGCUGUAAAAAUCUUAGAUUUUUCACUUUAAUAUUAUUAUUGUUUUCACUAAAUAAGCAAUGGAUCUGAAGAAAUUUGAAGAAGGGGUUGAUGGUGAAAGUACAGUGAAGAAAUCAGAAUCAAGAAGCAUGGGUUCAUCCCCAAAAAGAGGGAGUGGUCAACUAGCAUUUAGUUCAAAGGAAUUGGGGGGUAAUAUCAGUAAUAAAGAUACAUUUUUGAGGGCAGAUAUGAUUGAUUUCAAGAGCUGGGAUGUUCAGUUGGAUAAACAUUUGAGUAAGGUUUGGUCUAGAGAUAGAGAUAAUAAAGAGGUUAAUACCAAAAAAGAAGAGUGGGAAAUUGAUUUAGCAAAAUUGGAUAUAAGAAAUGUGAUUGCUCAUGGUACUUAUGGCACUGUUUAUAGAGGUGUUUAUGAUGGUCAAGAUGUUGCAGUGAAGGUGCUGGAUUGGGGAGAGGAUGGUCUUGCCACUGUGGCUGAGACUGCAAAUCUUCGUACGUCUUUUCGACAAGAGGUUGCUGUGUGGCAUAAGCUUGAUCACCCAAAUGUCACCAAGUUUGUUGGAGCUUCAAUGGGAACCUCGGAUCUUAAGAUCCCAUUAAACAAUGCCUCGAAUUCCGGUCAUAACUCUCUACCUUCUAGGGCUUGUUGUGUUGUAGUGGAGUAUCUUCCAGGUGGGACGCUCAAGAAAUAUUUAAUCCGGAAUAGUAGAAAAAAACUGUCUUUCAAGGUUGUCGUUCAACUUGCUUUAGAUCUCUCCAGAGGUUUAAGUUACCUUCACUCUAAGAAGAUUGUGCAUCGUGACGUUAAAACUGAAAAUAUGCUCUUAGAUUCAAAUAGAACCCUAAAGAUUGCUGAUUUUGGUGUUGCUCGUGUUGAAGCUCAAAACCCUAGAGACAUGACCGGUGAAACAGGAACUCUUGGUUACAUGGCGCCAGAGGUUCUCGAUGGAAAGCCUUACAACCGGAAAUGUGAUGUCUAUAGUUUUGGCAUAUGCUUAUGGGAAAUAUAUUGUUGUGACAUGCCUUAUGCUGAUCUCAGUUUUGCAGAAGUAUCUUCCGCAGUUGUUCGACAGAAUUUACGCCCCGACAUCCCCAAAUGUUGCCCGAGUUCAUUUGCAAACAUUUUGAGAAAAUGCUGGGAUGCAAAUCCUGACAAGAGACCCGAGAUGGAUGAGGUGGUGAGGUUGUUAGAGGCGAUAGAUACAAGUAAAGGUGGCGGGAUGAUACCCGAAGGCCAAGCAACUGGUUGUCUUUGUUUCACCACGAAACGGGGACCGUGACGUGUAAUGAACGUCACGAACAUUUUGUUUUGUCUUAUUUUCGCUUGUCUAAAUAUUUUGCAUAAGUUUACGAGGAUGUAAACCGUCGGUCAUUAGCAAAUUUUGGUCAACUGUCAUUCAAAUGGUUGACAAGCAUGUUGGAUGGUUCAUUCCCCUAUUUGGUUUGCUUUGCAAACUUUAUGCAGUGAUUACUUAUUUAUAUUUUGUACAAUAACUGCUUGUUGUACAGUUUCUUUA